UACCAUACAGUUGAUACAGAGUCAUAGAAACAUCAUAUCAACUAUUUAAAGUAACAAUGUGAUUGAAUAGGCAGAAUACGUUAUGCUGUGGAAAAUCAGCAUUGUCUUGAAAUGACAAGAGGAAAGUUAAAAGAUGCGUUGAAGGGAAUGAUUGUUAUAUACAAAUAAAGAUUCUGUUGCAAAAGAGUCAUCAAAAAGACUUGUAACAAUGUCAGUCAAGUGUCAGAUACCUUUGUUGCUACGACGACGGUACCGGUCAUGGCGUCUGUUGAUAUUAGUGUCGGUAUUCAUUAUAGGCUUCCUCGGAAUAAUUUUACCAGCAGCUUUGUAUAAAAGAUAUUCAGAGAAUGUUAUGAGAGAGACGUUUUUUUCACGUAGACUGUUGUCUGAAAAUACAACUGAUGCUGGAUUUCAGUACCCACCGGACGCGUUUUCUCUCGAACAGAGGCGAGACGGCGCAGUGAUCUUACAUGUGAUUUGCCUGAUAUACAUGUUCGUGGCAUUAGCUAUUGUCUGUGAUGAAUUUUUUGUUCCCUCCUUGAGUGUUGUAAUCGAACGUUUAAAUAUCUCAGAAGACGUUGCCGGGGCGACUUUCAUGGCCGCAGGUGGUAGUGCACCGGAACUUUUCACCAGUUUGAUUGGCGUGUUUUUUGCACGGAACAAUGUAGGAAUAGGAACAAUAGUGGGUUCUGCUGUAUUUAAUAUUCUCUUUGUUAUAGGAAUGUGUGCAUUAGUCUCAAAAACUGUAUUACACCUGACAUGGUGGCCCCUGUUCCGAGAUGUUACCUUCUACAGUAUCGAUCUUAUAGUGUUAAUUGUGUUUUUUCGGACUGGACAAAUUUACUGGUGGCAAGCCCUGACAUUGUUUUUACUAUACCUUUCAUAUGUAAUUUUCAUGAAAUUUAACACAAAAGUGGAAACCUUUGUGAAAACGAAGAUCUUACGUCGGAAAACCAGAGUACACAGUGAUAACAAUUUACUUAAUGAGCAGGAUAUAAUGGCAAAUAGGGAAAUCCUGGCUAACAGGAACGUAUAUUCAAACGGAGACCUGGACUUGCUGUAUAAUAAAAAGAAAUGUUGCUCAAGCUCACAUAUAGAGAAACCACACAGAAGCUGUAGUAUACCAAUUUUACACUCGGGUACGAGCCAUUUCAGGCAUGGGGUACUGCAGUUGAUGAUCCACACUAUAGAUCCUAUUGCUGAAGAUCAUAUCCAAGACAAAGCGAUGAAGCUACAUGCUGUUGCGCAUGUAAAUACCAACGGGGAAUCGCAAGAAUCUCUAGCCAAUGGUGAAGUUCAUAACGGAGGUUUUCAUAGCAGUCCUGAUAAAAACAGUAACCAAAAACAAAUGAAAGUGACUGCUAUUUCAAAUGGAAUUCAAGGUUACCAGACUGAAUUUACAACAAGGAUUGUCUCCCCUGCCAAAUCUACAAGCUCUCCAGUUGAGGAGGAGAGAAUACAAAUGCAAAGCUCUUCAACGCGUAUCAGCAAUAACACAGAAACAACCACCGUUGAAUCUCCCAAAAAUUCUUCUGAUCCAGAAAGUGCUAAAGAGAAUGAAAUGCCUGAUGAUGGUGAUGAACCCCUAGAUCUGUCAUGGCCUCCUGAGUGGCGGAGAAGAAUAACCUACGUCCUUCUGGCUCCACUUAUAUUUCCAAUGUGGCUCACACUACCCGACACACGUAGAGAGGAUAAGAAGAAAUGGUUUCUGGUGACGUUUUUUGGCAGUAUAAUUUGGAUAUUUAUUUUCUCGUACUUGAUGGUGUGGAUGGCCAACCAGACAGGGGAGACAAUUGGAAUCCCCGAUGAAAUUAUGGGUCUUACGAUCCUAGCAGCAGGUACAAGCAUACCGGAUCUGAUCACCAGUGUAAUUGUAGCGAAGAAAGGAUUUGGUGAUAUGGCAGUUUCUAGUUCAGUCGGAAGUAAUAUUUUUGAUAUCACAGUUGGAUUACCCAUUCCAUGGUUGUUAUAUAGUGCAGCUUAUGAAGGGACUCCCAUCAAUGUAGACAGCAAUGGACUGGCAUGCUCUAUUGUGUUACUCUUUGCAAUGCUUCUUAUAGUUGUAAUGGUGAUAGCCUCCUCAAAGUGGAAAAUGACAAAACUAAUGGGCGCAUCAAUGCUCGUGUUAUAUGCAGUCUUUCUAAUAUUCAGUGUUCUCCUUGAACUGAAAAUAGUUCCGUGUCUUGUAGACUAGUGUCAUCAAUAUCAUUAUUAUUAUUUCAUCAUAUGUCUGUGUUAUUAUUUUUUUUUUUUGUGGUUUUCUUUUCCAAAAAUGCUUGCAGUGCUGAGUGCUGCAUAUCAGAUAGGAUAAUGCCAUGAGAUUUUUGUAACAAAUGUUUUCAUUGGUUAAAAACAUGUUAUAUUAUUAGGUUUAUGUAACAAUUGUUUUCAUUGGUUAAAAUGUGUAAUUUUUUUUUUAGAUUUUUGUAACAAUUGUAUUCAUUGGUUGAAAUGAUAUGAAGGUAAUGAUGCAAUUUAUAUGACAGGCCAGACAGGGUUUAAAGGGUAAUAGAAUGAGAUUUUGUUAGAAUACUUUUCAUUGGUUUACAAUGUUUGAAGUUUGAUGUACAGAACAAUAAUUAUAUACACGUUAGAAUUAUUUGAUCAGUUACAAUUUUAGUGAAAGCAUAUAUCUACUUACUAUUUUACCCUUAUGAUAUUAUUUAUUUUUACAUCUUUAGUUUUAGUUCAUCUCUGAGUUUGCUUAUUACAAUAGCUAUGGUAUGUACAUAGUGUAGGGCAUCAGGGUAAAGUUGGGGUUGUUACGGGGAAACACUUACUCUGACACUCAUAUCACUCACCUCUUUUUUGGCAUUUGAAUAUCAAUGCACAUUUCAAUUAUUUUUUAAUAUUUUUGGUAAAAUGGAGAAUUUUCUGUUUGAGCAAUAUAUAUAUCAACAGUAUCAUCUUUUAUACUUUGUAUAUACAAUAACUUAU